GAGUUUUGAGCAAAUAAGCAAAGCAUCUUCUCUUCUCUCGCACUCCACUACCUAUGUUGCUUUAUCCCUUGCAAGUUUACCCUUUCACCCUUUUCUUUGCUUACAGUAUAUAGCUGCAUCUUUUUACUUCUUUAUAGACACAUUAACAAACAACAAAUAUUGUCGGUUGUGUCUUUCUGAGCAAAAAUCUAUCCAAAGUUUAGAAUAGAAUCUCUACCUUAUCUCAUAAUGAAACCAUUCAUUAAUUAAUGUGGUCAAAAUGAGUAAGUAAGAGUUCAACUUUUUAGUCUUCCUGGCCCCAAAAUGUUUGCACCUGUUCCUGUUUUUGAAAUGCAUGAAAACCCAUGUGCACUUUCCCAUUAAGCCUCACUUUUUAUGAUUUCAUAGAAUCACCCCUCCCUUAUUCUAAUCCUUUAUAUUAUAUAGUUUAAUAGUUACUUUAGAGCCUUAUAUUUGCAAUGUGUUUUCUUUCAUUCCUUGGUUCUCAAUCUUAGUAUUGUGGAACAUAAUUUUUUAUUUUAUUUUAAUUAAACCCUUUUCUCAAAGUUUCAAUUUUGUCUUCUGGGAUCUUGGUUUCAUAUAAAGAUCAUUUAGAAACAUUUGAUUUGUUCAUUUUUCUUCAAUAACCUGAAAAAAUAUUCACAAGUAUCACAAUGAAUAUUGUAAUAGCCUCUUCCAAAGGAACUUGGCAUCCUAUCAUGACUGUUGAUACAACCACACAAAGUUACUGGCUGAAUUGGAAGGUUUUUGUUUGUGCCAUAUUGCUCAUGCUUUCAACCAUCUUUUCAUCAUUACUUAUAUGGAAGUAUGAGGUUUUAUCAUGGAAGACAUCAAAAAAUGAUGACAUGGAAAUCCAGAAAGAAACAUCAUUAUCAAUUUUGUAUGAAGACGAAACUUGGAAGCCUUGCCUAAAAGGAAUUCAUCCUGCAUGGUUGUUGGCUUUUAGAGUUUUUGCAUUUAUUGUCCUUUUGGUGCUUCUCAUUCUCAUUACUUUUACAGAUGGAGGAAGCAUUUUUUAUUAUUAUACUCAGUGGACUUUUACUUCAGUCACCAUAUAUUUUGGGUUGGGAUGUUUGCUCUCCAUGCAUGGAUGUUACCAACAUCAUAAAAAAGCAAGUGGUGAUAAGGUGAACAAUGUGGAUGGAGAGGUGGAGCAAGGAAUUUAUGAUGCUUCUACAUUGCCCCAAAGUUCUAACCCAUCCACCUAUGACAAAGCUCCACAAGAACAUAUUGUUCGCCAACAUGCAGGCAUUUGGGGUUAUAUCUUUCAAAUAAUAUUCCAGAUUAGUGCAGGUGCGGUAAUGCUCACAGAUUGUGCAUUUUGGUUCAUAAUUGUUCCUUUUCUAACCAUCAAAGAUUACAACAUAAAUUUGCUGACCAUAAGUAUGCAUACAAUCAAUGCUGUUUUCCUGCUAGGAGAUACAGCUUUAAAUUGCAUGCGGUUCCCUUGGUUUAGAAUAGGAUACUUUUGCCUAUGGACAGUCACAUAUGUCAUUUUCCAGUGGAUUAUUCAUGCUAUAGUUAAACUUUGGUGGCCAUAUACAUUUCUUGACUUGUCAUCCCACUAUGCUCCAUUAUGUUACUUUUCCAUGACGUUGUUGCAUAUUCCCUGCUAUGGCAUCUUCAUUUUGAUAAUGAAGCUGAAACACAAUGUUUUGUCAAAGCGGUUUCCUGACACGUACCAAUGUGGUAGAUGAAUUGAUUCGACUAGUACUUUCAAGUUUCUGAACAAUGUCAAAUUUUAUGUAGAAAAAAGUAGUGAGAAAAACUAAAGGGAUUGUAAGUAUAUAUAUAUAUAUAUCACAAUAUUUGUUUAUUUUUUAAAUGGCUUA